GUGAGUGUUUUUAGCAUAGCGCCAAUUUUCCUCAUCCUGGAUCUCAAAGUUUGCCGACAUUGUUUGUCACAUUAGCACCUCAAGUAGACAGAAAACAGUUUAUGUAAAUUCGAGAGUAUCCGUGUUUGCUGUAAUUCAACAUUUUAAGCUAAGACAUGGCGGAUGGUGGAGAUGUUAUGGGCGGUGAUCUGGAAGAUGGAGAGCUCUCCGGCUCUGGAUCUGAUUCUGAGAUGAGAACUACCACGGUCCCGCCAACUCGAUCCUUGCUACCUCCGGCUUUUAGCGGCCAGGCCUUCCAGAACAGAGCUGCUACUUUGCAGUCUACAGUUGCAUACAGAAACUCCGGUCGGGAGACCAGUGACAGCGACGUGGACUCGUCUGAUGAGGAAUGUGGUGGUUGGCGUGGGAAACGACUAAAAGUGUCCAACACAAGCAUCGCCCAACCCGGACCGAACCGCCAACCCGGCGCAUGCGCACUGGGGAGCCGUAAGGUGAAUAACAUUUGGGGCUCUGUAGUGCAGGAGCAGUGCCAGGAUGCCGUCGCUGCAGAACUGGGUGUCUUUGGCAUGGACGGUGAAAUUAGCAUGUCUGACAGGAAUGUGGAGACCUACAAUUACGUCCUGGCUCAGAAGAUCAUGGAGAAAGAGCGGCAGAAAGAGCAAAAAGACGAAGGUGAAGUGCUGGAUGCACAGUUGGAUGAGUACAUGAGCGGGCAUGGGCGGGAUGCAAAGAGGAAGAGGCCGGUGAAAGAGAGACUGGGUCCAAGAGCUGAGAUGGACGUGAAAGGCCGAUAUGAGAUCACCGAAGAUGACCCUGAAGAUAAAAUUGUGGAUGAGAUUGUGUAUAGAUUACAAGAGCCUAAAAAGGACCUAAUAGAACGCAUUGUGGGAAUCAUCGGGGGGAAAAAAGCCAUAGAGUUGCUCGGUGAGACUGCAACACUGGAGGAAAGUGGUGGCGUCUACACCCUGGACGGCAGCAGACGCCGCACGCCCGGCGGCGUGUACCUCUACCUGUUGAAGAACACGCCAAGCAUCACGCGGGCCCAGAUCAGAGAGAUCUUCUUCGAGGAGAGCCAGAAAGAGCAAAAGAGCAAGAAGUCUGCCCAGAAGAGGAGGAGGCACUUGGUGGCCAAGAAGAUGAAGCAGGCCAUCGGCAUGCUGGACCUGCAGGAGCACGAUGACGUCUCCAGGGAGACGUUCGCCAGCGACACCAAUGAGGCCUUGGAGGCGCUUGAAGAAGCCGCGAAGGAGGACGACGAGGAGCGCCAGGAGGAGCAACCUGUGGGCGCUGAGGAGACACCAGUGGUGUACAACUCAGCAGACUUGGAGGUCUUCUGAGAAAUUGCGUGCGUUUGGACUUCACAGCAGGGGUGUGCAAACUUUUUCCACCGAGGGCUGUGUACAAAAAAAAACAUUACAUGACAUACAUUUUUAAAGAUGUUAAAACCAAUCCAAUGUAAGUCAAUAUAUGCUAAACUACCGGAACAAAACAUACUGGCUUCGUGUUGUAGGUGACAAAGCAAACUGUUUAAUAUCUGAUAGUAUAUCUCAUUAAUAAUGACGUUAUUUAAUAUGCUGAGGGCCAAUUAAAAACAAGCUGCAGGCUAAAAGUUGACCCCGGGCCGCACUUUGGACACCCCUGCUUUAGCGCACUGUCAAAUUAAUCACAUGGUGGCUUUAUUUGUCUUUAAAUGACAGAAACAUCAUUUAGUUCUUUACCGGCAUUGAUUUUUACCACACAGACUUUAUGGCUUCCUGUAUGUUUAUGUCAGGUUCAUUUGUGUCUGAAAUAUAAUAAAGCAGAGUUGGGUCACAUUGUUGGCAGUAAAUCACCUUAUUUUGACAAAAAUUCUUUUGAAACGCCAAUAUUGGACUUUUGAGAUACAUUUGGUGAAGUGAGGUUAAUUCAUACUUUCAUAAGAAAAAGCCAAGAAAACAUUCAACUCAAGAAAUGGGACGUUAUUGUAAUGUGGACGUUUGCCCGCUAGAUGGCAUCAGUACUCCUUUGGACACAAACUGGAUGUUUUGCCACAAAAAUGGAGAAGAAAAUGAACGACUAAAUAGAUACGUACUUUAUUAAUCUCCAGGACCAACAGCUCUGCAAAAAUGUCAUAAAUGUCUUAAUCACCCAAUGAUAAAAUAAACAACGAAGGCAAGACGUGACAGACAAGAAAAUAGAAUGAGAAUAAAUAAAUACAGACCAGAUCACAUCAAAUUUUGUAGUGCAAUUUGUAGAUAUUAUGACUUGCUGUAUGUUUUUGUCACGUUAAUUUGUGUCUGAAAUAUAAUAAAGCAAAGUUGUGUACAUUGUUGGCAAUAAAUCACCUUAUUUUGACAAAAAAUC